UUUGUUCUGCAAUUUUGAACGGAAGUCGUUGAAGAUGAUACGAUAUUAGUUACAAGACAAUUAAAUAAAUUACGAUAUACAAUCGGUUACAAUCGUUAUACAAAACGUAUUAGAGAAGCCGUCUUCUCUCUGGCAAAAUAUUACGGGUAUCCCUCGCGACAGAGCAUUAACUUCUUACUUUCAUAGCAAAUCGAGUUGUAAUUUUUCAUCAACCGAUUGUCCGCAAUGUCUUGUGAUUCGUUUCGUUGCGAAUCAGACAUGCAAGGCGGCGCUCGUAUCAUCUGGAUUAGACUCGUGUUUGUCUAGCGUUUAUCUCGUAAUUUCGCUAUUUCGGAUUCUAUACACUUGAUAUGUAACAUAACAGCUUAAUAGAUCUGCUAUUAAGUUGUUACUCGCGACUAUUUCUCCCGGCGCACUAAUUAUCUUACCGUCUCACGUGAAGAGCAGCUCCUUGGGUUCUUCUUCAUGUCUGCGCACUUCUUCGAUUUCUUUAUAUUUGGUACAGCGUAGAAAAAUUACGGCCGUUGCAUUAAAUACGAUGCGGAGAGAGUCAUUAAACUUCUUAAUGUCCCUAUAAAUACUUAGUGAUAUAAUCGAGUUUGCGUGCUGCGCCUAAUUAAAUGUAUCUGUCGUACCAAACUGAUCUGCGACGGAGCAGCAACCAUAUACAGCACUAUAAGCGCAAUGCUACGUGGUAAAACCUACCUGCCAAAGGAACGUACGUGGCCAUGGAGUCUUUCUCUAAAAAAUAAGAAAUUAAAAGAUUUACAAAAACAGGCGCGCUGUAUCGAAUUACAACGUGUACAUAUAUUUUUUUAUAUCACAUAUAAAUACGACAGACUAAAAUUUAUUUGUUGUAAAUAUACCUGAGUCAAUUAAAAAAAUUAAUAGGCUCAGGUAUAUAAAUACGGUUGUAAAAGUAUUGUCAAAUUUGUUAUACUAGUCACCGAUGCUUGCAAGAUACCUCUUCAGCACGUGAGUAUACUACUAGUAGUUCUUCUUCCGGAAGCUUCGUGGUCAUCAAAUGAGUUCGGAUAAGAGUAGUCUGUUGCGAAGCCAACCUUGAUGACUGGAUAUAUUGAAGUUGUGUUAGAAUUUGCGGUAGAAUUAAUUACGACAGCCAUGGACGACGUUUUGUGUAUCUUCCGUGAAGCGGAACAAGCGAUGAACGGGUCGCGUCACGACGAAGUGAUCAGAGUCCGCCAGAUAAAAUCGGACAUAGAUUCGUUUCUUCAUUGCGACCGUGGACGAGAUGGGGAUUUGAGCGAUGGCCAGCGUGCCAGAAUCAACCUGGCGCGAGCGAUCAACGAGAUACCGAUAUUUAUCUGCCCCUCUCCGCCGUGAACUCGCGCGUCAGUAGACAUCUCGCCGACAAGUGCAUCCGCAGCUAUCUAAAGAUGGUCGAUAAGAACUUCGAAAUGGUCCUUAACACAGGCAAUUUGGUAGCCCGUGUUGUAUUUUAAAUGAAAUAUAUUUGAAAAUGAAGAAAAGUUCCAUACGUCACAAUGAUAAGCAGCGGUCAAAAAAAAUAUCCGAAAAAUCCUCGGCAAAAUGCGAACGUAAUUUCUCUUCUCACCUUUUGGUGGACUCAAAAACUUUUUCGGAUUGGCUACAAAAAAGAUUUGGAGGAGACCGAUCUUUACGCUACGCUAACGCAAGACAGAACCAGCGAGUUAGGCGAAAUUAUAAGCAAAGAAUGGGAAAGAGAAGUAGAAUCGUGCGAUAUGAAGAAAAAUGGCAGCAAACCGCAGUUACUCAGGGUGCUGUUACGCAUUUUUGCAAAACCGCUUCUACUAAUUGGAGUUGCCGAAGCAGUUAUGGAACUAUUUUCUAGAAUGUAUCAGCCAUUACUACUUGCUACUUUAUUGCGUUAUUUCGCGGGCGACAAAAAAUGGAGCGAUGAGGUGUACUACAGCGCUGGCGGUAUAAUUCUGCUGACUAUCAUGGACGCUUUUAUAACACACUAUUGCGUACAUUGCUCAUUUCACUUAGGAUUGAAAAUUAAGAUCGCUUGCACUGCACUGAUUUACAAAAAAAUAUUGAAGCUCUCCAACUCUGUACUGGACAGUGAGACGUCUGCUGGACAGAUGGUAAAUUUUCUGAGUAGUGAUAUAACCAGGUUGGAAGCCUCCUUAGUAGAUCUUCACUACAUUUGGAUCGCUCCACUUCAAAUCAUAUGGAUAACGUACGUUACAUUUUACGAAAUUGGAUGGGCAGCGCUGAUAGGAAUAUCGGUAUUUUUGCUAUUUGUUCCUGUUCAAGCAUUGUUGGCGAAGAUAACCGCACCUUUAACACUUAAAUUAGCACAAAAAACAGACGAUAGACUCAGACUGAUGAAUCAAGUAAUCACAGGAUUGCAAGUAAUUAAAAUGUAUGUUUGGGAGAUUCCUUUUUACAGUCUCGUGGAAAUGGCCAGGAAGCGUGAGAUGAAGGUAAUGAAGAAAUAUUCCAUUUUGAAGCAAUUAGCUCUUACUUUCGACUGCUAUAUACCGAGACUUAGUAUCUUCGUCGCGAUAUUGGCAUACGUCCUAUUCGGAAAUUAUAUCAAUGCCGAAAAAGUGUACUUAAUAACAGCGUAUUAUAACGUUUUACGUAACUCGAUGAUUUUUGGAUUUACGUUCGGCCUCCAUCAACUGGUGCAAGGAUUGGUUUCUAUUCGUCGAUUGCGAAAAUUCAUGUUGCACGAUGAGAUUAUUAAAACGAAACAGAGUCCAUGUUCCCAGACAGUUCCUGAUGCAUUUGCACUUCGUAUAACUAAUGUAAGUGCCAAAUGGCACGGUGACGGUAAGGACGACACGUUGCGUAACAUAAGCUUGACCGUGCCACCUGGAAGCUUCGUCGCCAUUGUCGGUCAGGUGGGUUCGAGCAAGAGCAGCCUCUUGCAAGCGAUACUCCAGGAAUUACCAUUGACGAGUGGAAGCAUCGAGAGCCGUGGCAGAAUAAAUUACGUCAGCCAGCAGCCAUGGAUCUUCGCUUCUUCCGUGAAGCAGAACGUUCUGUUCGGACAGCCGAUGGACAAGUCGCGUUACGACGAAGUGAUCAGAGUCUGCCAGAUGGAAUCGGACAUAGAUUCGUUUCCCCAUGGCGACCGCACUAUCGUGGGCGAGAGGGGAAUGAAUCUGAGCGGAGGUCAACGUGCCAGGAUCAAUCUGGCUCGAGCAAUCUACAAAGAUGCUGAUAUUUACUUGCUGGACGAUCCCCUAUCUGCCGUGGACUCGCACGUCAGCAAACGUCUAGUGGACCAAUGCAUCUGCGGCUAUCUAAAAGGAAAAACGAGGAUUCUGGUGACGCAUCAACUGCAGUAUCUUCAGCUCGCCGACCAGAUUAUUGUGAUGAACAACGGUACUAUGGAGCAAAAGGGUACAUUCGAUCAACUGCAAGCGUUGGGCCACGAUUUUAUGAAGUUGGUGAAGGCGAUAGACGCGGAAAGCAAAGAGGCUGAGAGCAGACAGUCUAUCAUUCAGCGUAAAAUUUCGAUGAGGGCUGAGUCAAUUGGGAUGAAAAGUGACGAGGACAUGUCGCUCGCUGAUAUGCAGGAAAUAAUGGCGAAGGGUCGCAUAUCUCUCGGGCUGAUCGUUGCUUACUUUAAGGCGAGUAAGAAACCUGUCUUGAUCGCACUGAUGAUGUUGAUCUUCAUAGCUACCCAGGCGAUAUCCGGUGGUAGCGAUUACUUUGUCGCAUUUUGGGUAAACGUCGAAACGAGUUCGUGGCACGAUAUGGGCAACUCCACCCAAGUCUUUCAGUGGGAAGGUCCACUAUCCCGCGAUUCCAUGAUCUAUAUUUACAGUGCUACGAUAUUGGCCAUCAUACUGUUGUUUCAAUCCCAAACGAUCGUGUACUUCACGGUGUGCAUGUGGUCCUCAGUGAAUCUCCAUUCCGCUAUGUUUCGCAGCAUACUGCGCGCAACCAUGUACUUCUACAGUACUAAUCCAGCUGGUCGUAUAUUAAACAGAUUUGCAAGAGAUAUCAAUAUUGUCGACUUAAUGUUGUCGAUGUGUGUAUUCGACAUUAUUGUAAUCGGACUCAUCUCGUUGACGGUAGCAAUUAUGACCAUAGCGGUUACUCCAUGGCUAGCAGUACCCACUGUGCUUUGCGCUUGCAUUUUCACCUAUUUCCGCGUGAUAUACAUCUCUACCGCUCGCAGCAUCAAGCGCCUCGAAGGGACAACACGUUCGCCGAUCUUCGACCUUCUUGGAGCGUCUCUGCAAGGUCUGACGACAAUUAGGGCUUUCAAUGCCGAGGAUAUAUUAAUGGCAGAUCUGUGCAGUCAUCAAGAUGUCCAUUCGUCCGCCUGCUUUCUCUUCUUGUCUACUUCUCGAGCCUUCGGCUUUUACAUCGAUAUUGUUUGCCAGCUUUACAUCGGGACGAUAAUCAUAGCUUUCACGCUCCUCGAUGAUCUGGCUGUCGUUGGUAACAUUGGAUUGGUGAUCACGCAAAUCAUGGCGUUGACGAACAUGCUGCAGUGGGGAAUCAGACAAACGGCUGAGCUUGAGAGCCAAUUAACCUCUAUAGAGAGGAUACAAGAGUACAGCUGUUUGGAGGAGGAGCCGAUGAUCGACAGCAAGCCGGAGACCAAACCGCCGGACGAUUGGCCGACGAAAGGUCUAGUAGAAUUUAAAAACGUAAGCUUAAAGUACAAUCGUCGAGGAGCCUACAUCCUCAAGAACGUCAGCUUCACCGUUUUGCCAGAAGAAAAGAUCGGUAUCGUCGGCAGAACCGGCGCGGGAAAGUCGUCUUUGAUCAACGCUCUCUUUCGCCUGGCUUGCGUUGAGGGUGAGAUCCUUAUAGACGGCGUAUCCACCGGUGCGAUCGCUCUGCGCGACUUUCGCUCGAAGAUCAGUAUUAUUCCUCAGGAGCCGUUCUUGUUCACUGGCAGUCUGCGACGUAAUCUCGAUCCCUUCGAUCAGUAUUCCGACACUGUGCUAUGGCAGGCGCUUCAGGAUGUCGAGUUAAAGGAGACGAUCUCCGAGAUGGCCGCCGGACUGAACACGAAGGUGUCCGAUGAGGGAUCGAACUUUAGCGUUGGUCAGAAACAACUGUUGUGCCUUGCGCGAGCUAUUAUCAAGAACAAUCGGAUCAUGGUACUGGACGAAGCAACUGCCAACAUCGAUCCUUACACGGACUCCCUUAUACAAAAAACAGUUAGGACGAAAUUUAUAAACUGUACUGUGUUCACUAUAGCUCACAGAUUGAACACUAUUAUGGACAGCGAUAGAAUAUUCGUGAUGGAUGCUGGACACCUCGUUGAAUUUGAUCAUCCAUAUCUUCUUUUACAACGGAAAGGACAUUUCUAUAAUAUGGUACAGCAGACUGGUACUGCGAUGGCCGAGAAUCUUCAUGAUGUAGCCACGAAAAGUUUUUACAAAAAGGAUUAA